CUUAGGAGAAGUCGAACUACCUUUACUACCUUACAACUUCAUCAGCUUGAACGAGCAUUCGAAAAAACACAAUACCCUGACGUCUUUUCACGUGAAGACUUAGCUAUGCGAUUAGAACUAACGGAGGCUAGAGUUCAAGUGUGGUUUCAAAAUCGCCGCGCUAAAUGGAGGAAACAAGAA